UGCACAUUAAUGAUUUGGAGAGUGGGGACUUCUUACAUUUUUAGUUUGUACCUAUGUCCAUCUCCACCCCCACCUUAUACACACAUUCAGAAUGGGACAAGGGGACAGGGACUUGAGCGAGAUUGACUCAGAGAAGGUGAUGUAGAUAGGGGUGGGACUUUCAGAUCAAUAGCCCCCUCUCCUCCCCGUUUCCACUGGCUGGAGUUAAUGCUGCUGCUGUUGCUGCUUUGUCAGUGUCACUGUCUUCCUAGGCUCUGUGCAGUGCAGUGCAAUUCCAAUUUCCCUAGAGCAGCAGCCUCUUCAGUCUACUGGACUCCAGCAGCCAGUUCAGGACUUUAUUUCCUUUUCGACAAGUGGCUGAUCCCCAGUGUUUCACGGGAUAGAGUAUUUGCUCUCACCACAGUAUCCCUCUGAUAAAAAUUGGUGGUGACUUCAGAGCUGCUGUUUUACUGCUUCAUAACCAAGGCACUUACAUGUCCUUACUGCACCAGUGAAAUGAAAGUACCAGUGUGAAGCAUGGACUCUGUGUGUAGAAGAAGGUGGUACCUUCAGUUGGGCUGUAUAUUGAUAGUGAAUUUGGCUUAUGCCAAUCCAGAAUAUCAGAAAGAACCUCCUGGAAGCCUAGGUGAGAUUGACCAUCACUGCUGGGAGAGCUCCUCUCAUAGGCUGGUGGAAAUGAAGAAACUCAAGGUAGCAGAUGCUAUCAUUGCUCUCUGGGAUUUCAUGAUGUUCCUAAAAGAAUCACCGAAGGCCAAGCAUAAUGAACUCUUCAAUGACUUAGCCCAGAACUUCUGGGAUAUGUAUGUAGACUGUGUGCUUUCAAGGUCCCAUGGAAUGGGCAGAAGACAAUUACUAUCUCCCAACUAUUUUUCCACAUACCCACAGAGAACCUCACAAGGGUCAGACUUCUCAAAACAUCAGUUUUAGGCCAAAAUGGGAGAAAAAUGACGAUACCUCAGCAAGAUGACAUCGAACUGAAGGAAAAGAGCCUGCUUGUCAAAAGCACAGCCUGUACUGUAGCUGCUUAUGAGCAUUGUUCCUUUGAUGGGUUUUGAGAUUUUGUUUUAUGCUUUACGAGCACAUGAUAAUUGAUAAAUACUUCAGAUGUGUGUUACUAACAUGUUCCCCUUUCUUUAAAUGUACCAAGGUUGCCUUUCCCCACCACUGGACAUGUGAAUGCUUUAUGUAUUUUGAGUCAAUAUCUGUGUUCUCUCAGGUAAACCUAUCUGUUUAAACUAGUGUUAUAUUUUUGUAGACAUUCAUCUUUCAAAUAAUUCUUUUUUAAAAUGUUAACUGCAAUGGAAACCCAAUAUAUUUUUAUACAUUAAACAACAGAGUUCAGUGGC